AUGGCAGCACCGCAAGGGGGUUAUCCUCCCCAGGAAGGCUACGGUCAACCGGUCGGCUACGAGUCCCCUGUUCAACAACCCGCGGGGACGGUCCCCGGAGCCCCUGCUCAUGGUCAGGCUGGAGGAAGAAAGAAGCGAGCAUAUGCCGGAGAGGCCUUUGAUUUUGGCUCUGGUGCCAACGCGGCUCUAGGAGGUCAACUGCCCGCCGGUGGCAGCUAUGGAGCCUACCCUCCCCAGCCCCAGGCUGCGGGAUAUCAGCAACCCGUUGCGUACGGAGCUGACCCGGCCCAGAUGCAAGCUGCUGCUGCUGCGCCAGGAUAUGGAAGCGCACCCGUCGCACAGAUGACCCAACAGUUUGGCGCAAUGGGGAUGACGGAUCCGCACCUCUUGCCUCCUCAGCCUCCUCAAGCGGCCCCCCAGAUGCCGCGGGCUGUUCCCCUCAACCAACUCUACCCGACGGAUCUCCUCACACAGCCAUUCAACGUUGCGGAACUCGACUACCCUCCACCUCCCAUCGUUUUGCCUCCGGGGACAAGCGUUUAUCCCUCUCCCUAUGCCAACUGCCCUUCGAAAUACGUCCGGUCCACCCUGAACGCCGUUCCGACUACCCACUCCCUCCUGAAGAAGUCGAAGCUGCCGUUCGCCCUGGUCAUCCAGCCGUACGGCGCCCUCCACGAUGCCGAAGAUCCCAUCCCAGUCAUUCCCGAUCAAGUUAUCUCGCGUUGCCGACGCUGCCGAUCCUACAUCAAUCCUUUCGUGACCUUCCUCGACCAUGGACAUCGCUGGCGCUGCAACAUGUGCAACCUGACCAACGACGUACCUCAGGCGUUUGACUGGGACACCACGCUUCAGAAGCCCGCCGACCGGGCCCUGAGACCCGAUCUCAACCACUCGGUGGUGGAAUUCGUUGCCCCCCAAGAAUACAUGGUCCGACCUCCGCAACCGCUCGUCUACCUCUUCCUCAUCGAUGUCAGCUAUGCGUCGGUCACCAACGGUCUCCUGGCCACGAGUGCCCGCUGUAUCAAGGAGAGCCUCGACCGAAUUCCCAACGCAGAUCGCCGGACGCGACUGGGCUUCGUCGCGGUUGACUCGAGCCUCCACUACUUCAGCAUCCCGCGUGACGGAUCGGAGAACUCGGAUCCUCGGAUGCUCGUUGUCAGCGAUCUCGACGAGCCCUUCCUCCCGAUCCCCGGAGACCUCCUCGUCACCCUUAGCGAAUGCCGCGAAAACAUCGAGACCUUCCUCGACAAGCUGCAGGAAAUGUUCCAGAACACCCAGAACAACGCCUGUGCGAUGGGAUCCGCUCUGCGUGCCGGUUACAAGCUCAUCUCUCCCGUCGGCGGAAAGAUGACCGUGCUGAGCUCGUCUCUUCCGAACAUCGGACACGGUGCUCUGACUAUGAGAGAGGACAAGAAGGUUUUGGGCACAAGCAAGGAGAGCAGCCUGUUGCAGACGGCCAACAGCUUCUACAAGAGCUUUGCCGUCGAGUGCUCCAAGGCGCAGGUUUCGGUGGAUAUGUUCCUGUUCUCUUCUCAGUACCAGGACGUGGCGUCUCUCAGCAACCUGCCGAGGUACACUGGAGGUCAGACGUACUUCUACCCCGGCUGGAAUGCCGCCCGAGGAGAGGACGCGAUCAAGUUCGCUCGGGAAUUCUCCGACUACCUGUCUUCCGAAAUCGGGUUGGAGGCCGUGCUCCGUGUCCGCGCGACGACCGGCCUGCGCAUGAACACGUUCUACGGAAACUUCUUCAACCGCAGCUCCGACCUUUGUGCCUUCCCGGCAUUCCCUCGCGACCAGGCCUAUGUUGUUGAGGUCGCAAUCGACGAGACCGUCACGAAACCCGUCGUGUGCAUGCAGACGGCGGUUCUCCACACCACAUGCAACGGCGAGAGAAGAAUCCGGGUGCUGACCCUGGCCCUGCCGACCACCCAGAACCUGGCCGAUAUCUAUGCGUCGGCGGAUCAGCAAGCGAUUGCCACCUACUUCAGCCACAAGGCCGUUGAGCGGACGCUCGGCAGCGGCCUGGAACCUGCCCGCGAGGCGUUACAGGCCAAGCUCGUUGAGCUUCUGUCGACGUACCGCAAGGAGCUUGCUGGCGGAAGCGUCAGCGGCGGCGGUCUCCAGUUCCCCGCCAACCUGAGAGGAUUGCCCGUUCUCUUCCUGGCUAUGAUCAAAAAUGUAGGAUCCUCUCGAUUCCCCAUUUCCCUCCCCACCGUACAUGACUAA